GGCGCUCUUUCUGCCUCGCUGUCCCUUUCUCAUUCAUUCCACUCAGUGCUUGAAUCACAGCAUCUCCUGCCUUCCUCUCAUCUCCUUCAUACCUCACACAGGAUUUCUCCUCUUCCUCUCCUUCUCCUCAUUUUGGAUCUGUUUUUCACACUCUCUCUCUCUCUGCGUCUCUGCGUUUCACACUUGGAAUGUGGCACUCUUUGGUUUUGACUUUGUUUGGAAUCUCCACUUUGGUCCAGGUUUCUGUUCAGGGCCCUUACCAGAGGACUCUGUUAAAAAACUUGUUAAAAGACUACAAUCGUAUGGAGCGGCCAGUAGCCAAUGACUCACAGCCUCUCACAGUCGUCCUUACUCUCAGCUUGGUACAGAUCAUGGAUGUGGAUGAGAAAAAUCAGGUUCUCACCACCAAUAUUUGGCUGAACAUGCAUUGGUAUGAUUAUUAUCUGCAGUGGAACCAAUCAGAAUAUCCAGGAGUGAAGAAUCUUAGAUUCACCACUGACCAAAUUUGGACCCCAGACAUCCUGCUUUACAACAGUGCUGAUGAUGACUUUGAUUCAACCUUUAAGACCAAUGUGCUGGUGAAUUCCAGCGGCUACUGCAGCUAUCUGCCUCCAGGUAUCUUCAUGAGCACGUGUAAUGUGGAUGUUCGCUGGUUUCCUUUCGACAUCCAGAAGUGUGAGUUGAAAUUUGGCUCAUGGACAUUUGACGGGUGGCUCCUGGACCUUCAGAUGAGUGAGGCUGAUAUUUCUGGCUACAUGCCCAAUGGAGAGUGGGACCUAGUGGGUGUGCCUGGCACAAGGAAUGAGGUUUUCUAUGACUGCUGUAAGGAGCCAUACCCAGACGUGACAUUUGUGGUAACCAUCCGCAGACGAACACUCUACUACGCCCUGAACCUCCUCAUUCCCUGCGUACUGCUCUCCUCCAUGACCCUACUGAUCUUUGUGCUGCCUGCCGACUCUGGAGAGAAGAUCUCACUGGGUAUUACAGUUCUGCUAUCACUAACAGUCUUCAUGUUACUGGUGGCAGAAAUUAUGCCUGCCACUUCUGACUCCAUUCCACUCAUAGGGCAGUACUUUGCUAGUAUAAUGAUCAUCGUUGGGAUGUCAGUCAUAGCGACUGUGGUUGUGCUACAAUAUCAUCACCAUGAUCCAAAUGGGGGAAAUAUGCCUAAAUGGGUCCAGCUGGUUCUGCUCCAGUGGGUGGCCUGGUUUUUGCGCAUGAAGCGCCCUGGUGAGUGUGAAGACCCUGAGCGUCCUCCAUGUGCUCCCCAUCUACGCCGUUGCUCUUCAGGCUCCCAUACUGGCAGCCUUCCCAACACGGUUGACCAUCACCAACACCACCAUGUGCCUACCACGUUACACCCACUCCACCCCCAGAGCCUCUUGCAAGCAGCAGGCCAUGUCAACCACCUGCCUUCACAGGGUAACAGUGCUAACAACAAUGGCAACCUGCUCUACACUGGCUUCCCAAGCUUGGACGAAGCCUCGCCGCCUCCACUAUUGGCCGACUCGGCCAACAGGAACAGCAUAUCAGGUGGUGUCACUCGACCGGGGUCUUCCAGCCCACCUCCCCACUUGCCCUCACAUUUCAGCAGCCCGCCCCCUCCACCAACGCCAAACCUGGAUGCCCCUGGAUGCCCCAGUACGGUCUCGGGUGGUGCUGGCGGCUGUUCAUGCUCAGCAGCCAGUGGCAGCGGAGGAGACCCACAGCUGCAGGCUAUCCUGGAUGAAGUGCGUUACAUUGCUGAGCGUUUCAGAGCCCAGGACGAAAGCGACAGUGUAACAGAGCAGUGGAAGUUUGCAGGGGCUGUCAUCGACCGUCUCUGCCUUGUGGCCUUCAGUGUCUUUAACAUCAUCUGCACCAUCUCCAUCCUCAUGUCAGCACCCAACUUUGUCGAAGCUGUUUCCAAGGAUUUCAUUUGAUGAGACACAAAUGAAUGCACAACGUGUAGAUGCAGAAAAGUCUGUCUGUAACCAGGAAAUAUCUCAGAUUGUGGGAAACAUAAAGUGUAUUCAACAAGAGACAGACAUAUGGACAGAACUGACAAAUUGACCUAUUUGUGGCAAUAGUAUCUGGCCAAACAUUAACCUCAAAGAGAGGGAGAGAGAAUUGGAACUAAAAUCUCAUUCAGAAGGAUGUAACAUGGUCUUGUCAUCAUAGGACAGUACAAGAUCACUGUGAAGUGUCAAAAUAUAUUUUGAGAAUGUGCAUGUUUGUGUGUUGUACUGAAUGAAACAAAAAUGGAGCUGGUAACAGUGAGCAACAAAAGAGAGGGGGGAGGAGAGGCUCAGGAUGUCUAUGGAGUUGUGUGGGUGGUAUUGACUAAAAACAGAAAAUUUGAGAAAUCUUUAAUAGAGAACAAAAUGAGGAUAAGGGUUUCUUUUCCCUAUUUCCUUUUGAUAGCACACAGAGGAGUGGGAAGCCUUUUUACUUUCUGCAGCAAAAUACAAUAGAGUAACGGGUAAUAGAUGAAUACAGAUGUUAGGAGCAGAAUGCUCUUUAAACAUACCAAGAUACAGAUCGAUGGAGAUAGUAAAUCAUCAAUGAGGGAAGAGUGGAUGGGAGGACAAAGGCAACGAAAGACAGCAAGAGUCAAAGAAGAAAGAGGAAUGAGAGAUGAACAUGCGAGGUGAGGUGAGAUGCGAAGUGAACAGUGUAGGAAAUCAAAACAGUGAUAGGGGAAAAAGUGAGAGAGAGAAGUAGAAACAAAACAUGUUCCUGGCAGAGCUGGAAUCCUGUUGUGGGAGAGAUGUAAAAUAGAGCAUCUCACAUCUUGAAACACAGCACAAAGAUGCAACUUCAUUCAAAGGAAACAAAAUAACAGACUAGACUUACAUAAUGCAUAAAUAAAGAAAGAUUGAUAGCUCUGAGACAAAGAGAUGGGACACUGGAAUGAUUCCCUUGAAACACACUGAGAAAUGGCACACAGGCACUGACGACACUUUUACAAUCUUCCAGACAUUUUAUUCCCCAACAUCACUGAUGACAGAUGGUGGUCGAAAGAAAAAAAACAAAAACACUUGCAGAAUAUUCAAGUCCACCCCCACAAUUAAUAAGAAUUGUAACAAGCAAAACUAAUUUAGUUUAAUUUCAUAAGAAUGAAGCGUAAGAGACGCUACAACCACUACUCCCACCCAUUACCCUCUUCUUAAACAUUAGGAAUAUUUCAUGCAGUUUGACUUUUUAAAGAAGACACCAUGAGACCAUACUGUCUAUUCAGUAACUGCAGAACGGCAGUGGCCCCAAUGCUGGACCAAAUCCAGGAUCCAGCAUGCACUGUAGCUGUUGUAUGGCUGAAAGCAGUGUGUUUUAAGAAGUAGGGAUUUUCUCUAACACAUUAAUACAGCCAGGCUGAACAUUGUUUUAAUAUUUUAAGUUAGGAUAUUUUCUACCAUUUCCUUUUGUUUCCUUGAAGUUCCUACGCAUACACUUUUUAAACUUUCGAUUAUCAUUUACUGGUGGUUAUAUUUUACACAUUUCUCAAACAUUCAGUGGCACUUAUUCAUCAAAGAUAUUAUGAUAUUAUGAGUUUACCACAAUUUGAGAAUUUUUAACAUGAUUUUAACAACCAUGAUUUAUAGCAUUUUAUUAUUCAUGAUCAUGAUUAAAUCAUUAGAUUACAUCAUCAUAUCUAUAUAUUAUUAUUAUUAUUAUUAUUAUUAUUAAUAAUAAUAAUAAUAAUAAUAAAUCUCUUGGCUAAUAAGUAAUUCAAGUAAAUAAUUUUUCCUCUGUCACACUCCUUUGAUGUUAAUUUGAGGCUUUGAAAAAAAAUGGAGAUAUAAAAUGUUUUGAGAAAAAUAAAUUGUAACAGCGUAAGAAUAUUACAUUUAGAGAAUGUAGAAUGCCAAAGUAGAAGGAUAUCAGUGUUAGGAUCUGAUUGUGAUAAAGGAAUGAGAGUUUACUUGAGAUAUCUCCUUUUCCGCACACAGCAAUGAAUUUCCUUUUAUUUCAUUUGGUGAAACGACACUAAACUGUUCUUUAUUCUGACGUUUUUUCUUUGUCUUUCUUAAAAUAUUAAGACUUCAUUCUCAGAAACCCAUAGCUUUCACAUUUUAACAGUUGAUUAACAUUCAUUUCAAAGUAUUUUCAUAAAUAAGACAUUGAGCAGUUUGUACAGCACUCUCAAAUCUACUCCUAUUGCUACACAGCUCUGAUGAAUAAAGGCCACUGACAGUCAUUCAACCAUCAUGUGUCAUUGAAGCACCUGUUGUUUUAGACUUGUUUUUGAACUGUUUCCAUUUAACCAAAAUCCAACAGGAAACAGUGAGCAAAGUGUUCACUCCCACAAAACAUCUAAACAUUUAUGGGGAUGCUAGAAAGAGCAAGAUUGGUAGCAGGAAAUGGCACUAGGAAGGUAGUGCAAGUUUCCAUAUUACAGUGAGCACAAACAGAUAUUGUCAUCUGAGCAGAUGGGACAUAAAUGGUCAAUAAGCCAAGUUUGCGGACUUGCCUUUUACUGUAUGUGUCUACUGAAUUAGGUUACAGAAGAUUUAUAGCUCACCAUUUACAUUAAAAGACCUAUAAUCUAUGGAGCAUCAGAACACACACAGGAAAGGACAUCAGCACUGAAAGGGCAAAUUGGAGGUUGCUAAGGAAUGGGUUGUGGAGGCAAUCAGGCUGGAGUCUGACUGACUACAAGUAGAUUGCCUGUGUUUGAUGUUGAAAGACCUGUACCACCCAAUUACAUCAGAAAACAUUAAUGGUAAGAUGGACAAAAAUUUAGCACAGUCCAUUUUAUAGCUAAUUUUAGCUGGCUUGUCCAGUAACUUCCAUAUAACUAUGACUAGAGUGAUGACAGCUCUGAAACAUGCACCCAGAAACCAGAUGCUUUGCAGAAUGACAAUUAUUUUUAGCUAGGGAUCCAACAGGUUUGGCAUGGAGAAGAGUUAGAGCACCAGAACUACAUCAUAAAUAACAACACCAAAAUUGGGCAGUUAACUGGAAUUACUUACAGAAGCAAUCAAACAACAUUUAUGAUAAGAAAAAAUUAAGCAUGGCACAGAUGGCCAAGAAGUAGACUGUAUUAAUUAGUUAGCUGUGCAGGAUAAUCAAACAACUGAUUCAGCAGAAGUGCAGUAGCAGCCAUCGUUUGGAAGAGAGUAAAUUUUUCCCAACAACACAGACUCAGAUGGUGUUCAGACUCCAGAGAAGAUGUCAAGAAAUGUUCAGGAUCAUGUCUGUGCUCUUUGUGGACGUACUCUUUAGUAUUCUGGAGUGUGUGAAUGUGUACGUGUGUAUGGUGCCCUGUGAAUACUGGCGUCCCAUCUGGUGUAAAUUCUUCUGCCUUGCACCCAGUGUCCCUGGGAUGGGCUCCGGAUCCUCUGUGACCCUGACCAGGAUAAAGUGGUUACUGAAGAUGAAUGAAUGAAUGAAUGAAUGAAUUUAGUAUUCUCUCUUCUCAUCUGACAAGUACAAAGACUGGAUGAAGGUCAAUUGAUGACAAAAUCAUUAAUCUCUCACUCCCUCUGCCAUACCUGCAACUCAUUCCAUGUGCAUAAUUCAAGUCUGAUUUUGUGGGAUUUACCUGGAUGAUUAUCAGAUGGGCCUUGCUUCUCUGCCACUUACAGUGAAAUUUCUUUUAUACCCAAUGUAAUCUUCGUGGUCAACAAUAGUUAACAUUCAUUCUCUCUCUCUCUGUCUCGCUCUCUCUCUCUCACAUAGAGACACACACACAUUCUUUCUCUAUUUGUGGAACCACAAGGUGGAGCAUACAUAAGUGGUAAUGGUAGCAACAUCAUUCUUCUGGCUGUUCUCCUCAAACUUGCGUGUCCCAUCAAGGCACCACUGUUGCUAGAAGUCACGAUUAGCA